AUGAAGCCGUUACCGUCAAAACCUUCCGAUGUAAUAUUCGUUCAGCAGUCGCAUGGUGGGAAUUCUACUGGAUUGGUUGUAGGUUUUUCCUUCAUUACUUGUCCGACCAGUCUGACUUAUCAGUGGCGAAAGAAAGUUGGUGAACAUGACAAUGCCACACGCUACCGAGGUGAACGCGACGCUUUGAAAGACAAAGUUAAAGAUCUCGAGUCCAAACUAAAUCGGCAGCAACAAAAUUAUUACGAACUCAAAGAGGAUUUGGAACAGUACCAGCGGACAAUGGAACAAGCGGAAAUUGACUGGACAACACAAAACAAUGGGCUCAAAGAGACCAUUCAAGAUCUCAGUUACCAGUUGCAUUACGAGCAACAGAAAGUGGUAUCGGUCAAACAGUCCGCGAACCAGAUACAACUAGCGAAAGAUACAAACGUGAUAAUUUUUGCAACGCAGGAGAUGGAUGCAGCUAUCCGCCAAAAGAUCGGCGCUCUAUUGCAAGAUAUACGCACGUGGUCAGGAAAAUUCUCUUGUGAUACCGGACGCAUGCCUGACUUUAAGUCGACCAAAUUUCCAGAGUACCGCCGUGUGGUUCCAUCAUGCAACAGCCAUGCCGAUCUUGUUCACUUCAUGAACAAAUACCAGAACGACAAAGGCCUGGACGAGAAACGCCGCGACAAGAUGGACAAGAAGUUUAAACGCCGUUUCAUACGAGGGUGGGCAUCAUUUGUGAUGGUCGAAAGCUGCUUUUGUCCCUCAGAUAGCUGGCUCCGCAGUGCAGAUGCGCAAGCUUUCCACCACAUCGAAAGACUUCUUUCUGGGGCGGAUCCUACCCGGAAAGGGGCGUCGGAUCGCGCGUUCCACGAUUGGAAGGCUCUAACGGCCUAUCUCCUCUCAACUGUAACACCACAAGCCACUCAAGGAGAGGACAUGGGUAAGGUAGCCACGGACGCUGCGAUUGAUGUUAUAAAUCUCCUUCACCCAUGGGCCAAAUCAUCGCUCCCCGAGUCGUUAGAACAGCAACUUGUUGGUAUCUAUCAGGAAGCGCUCCAAUUGUCACGUCUUUUGCGUACUCAACGGGCUCAUUGGGAACUGAAUUUUCCAACAGGAGACGCAAGUGCCUUACCUUACGACAUGAUCAGCAUGGAAGACGAUGAUGAUGAAGACAUUGACGUCGUGUCUCCGAACAGAAUGGUUGAAAUGGUGAUCGAGCCUGCUCUGAGCAAGAGAGGGACGAUGGACGGGACCAAAUUCGAAGCUGGUCCCCAUGUUACGAUGAAGGCGAAGGUUUGUCUGGAAUCUUGA